GCUCCACUCCCAGAGGACCCUUUUGCACGGGCUCUUUCUGGAGCAUCUGUAGACAGGGGUGCUCAAACACAGCCUGAGGUCGUCGGUGGGGCAAGACGGUGGCAGCAGCGGGGAUCCCUUCCCCUGCGUUGGUGACCAAGCACGUGGACGCGCACAAGGGAGGGGGCGCCCUCGCGGGCGGCCUCCAGCCCUCCCAGCCGUCAGCUCUCAGCACGCCCACACCUAGAGGAUUUGCUUUCGGCUGGCUGGGCUGGGGGCUUGAACCACAGCAGCCAUGUGGCAUGGCCUCUCCUGAGCAGCGCAUCACUGCUGCGCCACUCGCCACCCCACGUUCCUUCACAGAAGAAAGGGAGGAAGAAGAGACCAACAACACCUACAACCCAUUCACCGUGGCUGAAUUGUUUUCCCAAAUGAGGUGUCCAAGGCUGGGCCCCAGUACCUGUGAACAGGGCCUCGGCUGUGACCGAGACGGGCUGAAGUCAUGCCAGGCGACCGCGUUUCCUCUGUUCCACGCUCUGGGCGCAAAUGGCCUCCUUAUCGAGUACGAAGACAUGUUCCCAUACGAGGGCCACCUGCGGCCACUGAGGGCCCCACACGCGUACAGCCCCUCCGACAUCAGCACAAUCCUGCACUUGGCCAGGCUGCAUGGGUUGGAGGCCGUCCCCUUGGUGCAGACGUUUGGGCACAUGGAGUUUGUGCUGAAGCAUGCAGCCUUCGCCCAUCUCCGGGAAGUGGCGAGCUUCCCCAACACCCUGAACCCCCAUGAGGCGGAGUCCCUGGCGCUGGUGGGAGCCAUGCUGGACCAGGUGCUGGAGCGGCACGGAGGCGCACGCUGGCUACACAUCGGCUGUGACGAGGUCUAUUACCUAGGCCAGGGUGAGGCCUCCAGGCGGUGGCUGCAGCAGGGGCAGAACAGCAAAGCCCAGCUGUGUCUGUGCCACAUGAGGUCUGUGGCCAGCCACGUGCGCAGCCGGCACCCCGGCACCACGCCACUGGUGUGGGACGACAUGCUGCGGGCCAUCCCUGAGGACCAGCUCGCAGCGUCGGGGGUACUGCAGCUGGUGGAGCCGGUGCUCUGGGACUACGGGGCCGACCUGGACGUCCAGGGCAAGGUCCUCCUCAUGCGGAAGUACCGAGAGUGUGGCUUCCCACGCCUGUGGGCCGCCAGUGCCUUCAAGGGGGCCACGGGGGUCCGCCAGGCCCUGCCCCCGCUCCAGCACCACCUCCAGAACCACGCGCAGUGGCUGCAGGUGGCAGGCCGCAUGCCAGCAGACACGCUGCAGGGCAUCGUGCUGACCGGCUGGCAGAGGUAUGACCACUUCUCGGUGCUGUGUGAACUGCUUCCUGUGGCCAUCCCGUCCCUGGCCGCCUGCCUGCAGCUGCUACUCCAUGCAGGUGAGGGGGUGCCCCAAGAGCUGCCUGGAUUGUGCCAAGAUCACUGGGAAUUUAGAAGAGCGUGUGGACGCAGGGCCGGGGCAGACGCAGACGUGGGAGAGCCGUGGGGCUGUCACUUGGAGAGUGGAGGAUUCACUGAAGACGUGAAGUCGAGAGUGGAGCACUUGCUCCAAGUCCCGAGCCUGGAGGUGCCCCCUUCUGUGAGCCAGGGGGCUGGCUCCUUCCCGGGCAGCAACAUCCUGGCCCUCGUCUGGCAAGUCAGCCUCCACCUGAGCAGCUCCGUGGAUGCCCUGCUCGAGAGGAACAGGUUUGUGACUGGCUGGUUCAGCCCCUACCAUCGUAGGCGGAGGCUCAUCCACCCUGCCAUGGUGCAGCACGUGCAGCCCGAAGUGCUCAGUCUGCUAGCCAGGUGGAGUGCAGUGGUGCAGGAGCUGGAGGCUGCCCUGCAGCUUGCCUUCUACCCGGACGCCGUGCAGGAGUGGCUGGAGGAGAACGUGCAGCCCAGCAUGCAGCGGCUGCAGAGCCUGGCGCAGAACCUGAGCGUGGCGGCUGCCCAGCAACCCUGCCCUGAGGGGGCCGCCCCAGGGGCCUGGGCUGCACCACCCUAGCCUGUCCCGAUGGUCACAUCCUGUCAGCCCCGGGUGGCUGCGCACAUACAGGGCCAGCAGCCCUCCCGGCCUCUAGGGGAAGAGAAGCAGAUGGCAAAGGAAGAGGCAGAGGGAGUGUAUGGUUGCACAUGGAACUUUAUUGGUAGCCCUUUGGGAAUAAAAAGGGGUGCAGAAGCAGGAAGCCACCCCAGUAAACCUGAA